AUGGGAGGUCGAUUCCGUCACCGUACAAGCAACAAAGGGGCUGCGAAAUUUGCUCAAGGAUCAGCAUGCGAGACAAAUCCAUCAAAAAAUAAGCAUCGUGCCGCUGCCAAUGCUUCAAGACUUGCGACUAUCGGAGGGGCAAGCAUGUUGGCGGUCGAAGAUCGUCCAGAGAAUCCUGCUGCUGAUGAUAUGCUUUCUGCGCUACCAAUUGAUAACAUGGCGAUCGGAUCUUCCUCGAAAAGUAUGGUGUCUGAAGGAGGAAUUUCAAAAAUUUCGGAAUUUACUUCAUGCACUAAUCCUGCUUUCGAUUCUGUGAAUCGCGUAUGGAAGUCUGGGUCCUCUCUUCAGACAGAGGUAGUCUCAGUGUUGGCAGCAAUCGCGGAAGUCAUCAAAGAACGUGAUGGCAAAGAGUCUGAUGUUGAGUAUUGUGCUGCUCUCAUGACGGCUUUGGAAGGAGCUUCGGUAGGAAAUCCGAAAAGAACUGCAGCAAUUGCUUAUCUUCUUCAUAUUAUUGUUCGAAAAGUUCCAAAAGAGGUGCUCCAAGCGCAAUUUUCUCGAUUUGUUCAGAUUUUGUACACGAAAUUGUUGGAGAAUGUGGACUCUGUGGAAUCGUCUGUUUUGAAAAACUUGAUUUCCGUUUUGGGAGUCAUUUUGAGAGCCCAGCCCGCGCAAGUGUGGUCGAGUGCCACUACAAGGAGUAUGUUGGUCUCUGUGGCUGCUCUUUCCGCCCAUGACAAACCAUGGGUUCGAACAAUGGCUAGAAGAGUGAUUCGAGCAGUUCUCACUGAUCCUGUGACGGCCACGGAUAAUGGGCUUCAUCCAGCUAGUGGAGCUGUCGGUCAGCUUAUUUUGAGUCACAUUGACAACUUUGUUUCGAGCCCGAAAGGAGAUUCGACCAAUGUUGUUAGAUAUCUCUGCCUUCUCGAAGGUGUUAUGCAUAAAAUGCCGGCUUCAAUUUUCAAAAAGAUGGCUGAGGCGAUGUUGAAGUGCUUUGCAAUUUCAGACGCAAUGGUAAAAUGUUCGGCACUUCAAUGCCUUCAUCGUUCUCUUCAACGCCAGCCGUGCGAUUCGGCGCUUCCCACGGAAACCAACAGUCUGUUGCUCGCAGCACUUCGCCAAUUAGGAGGAUCAGUUACGGAUAUUACUGUAACCGCCUAUUGGAUGCAGGCGUUGGCUGAGGCGCAUGUUUGUUUGACUGCGAAAGACUCGAAAAAAUCCAUUCAACACGCUUAUCAGACACUGCCAUUGUUUGUGAAAAUGUUCGAAUCAGGAAGUGAGCAAUUGGCUCAAGUUACUUAUCAAGCUCUCACGCGAGUCAUUGAAAAUUGCUUGAAAUACGACAGUGAGUGCGGAAAGUUCCUGUUGGGGCAAUUGCAUUCGGUGAUGACCCUUCGAUCCGCAUCAGUUUGGAAGUUCAUUUUAAGAGCGGAAAUGAAACUUUAUGAAGUGUGCGGUGAUGCCCUCCAAGGUCAAGAAUUUACGAAGGUCAUUGAGGAUUUGGCAACACUUCGGCAAUCUGAUGAUUGCUUCUGCAAAACCGAUUUGGACUUUACAAUUGGGGCCGCCAUCCGUCAUGUUGGUGCUGGUGCCGUCAUGAACAUUCUUUCGUUGGAAGUUGAUCCUGACGCACCAAUCUUGUCAACUGAUUUCAAACGGUCGUGGUUGAUUCCAAUCCUUCGAGUUAAUAUUCACAAUGCUCCGAUUGCUCUGUUCAUCAAACUUUUCCUCCCGAUGGCUAUUAAGAUUUACAAGCGAUUGAACACAAUGCAGCCACAAGUGCAUCGUCUUUACUCCACUUUCCAAUUUCAACUAUGGGAACUUCUCCCGUCAUUCUGCGAGUCACCAUCUGAUUUGGAGACCUCAUUUCCCGACAUUGCGCCAAUUUUGGGAGCUGCUCUUCAAGAACGAAAAGAUUUACGAAUGACUGUGUUGACGUCUCUUAGACGAGCGCUUAGAUUCUCGUUGCAACCUGAUGCUCCACCAGAGAGAGUUGAAGUUAUGAGUCGAUUUGCGAAGAACUUUAUGCCGAUUUUGUUCAACAUGUACACUGCAUCGGUGGUUGAUGGUGAAUAUGACGAUAAGGGUAUCAAAAAGUCUGUCCUUGAAGCAAUUCGGGUAUAUGCCGAGGCUACUCCGUCUGAUCUUUUGUCGAAAUUCGUCGACGUUGCGAUCACAAAAUCUAAGGAAAACUGCGACGGAAGUGGAACAGCGUCUCAGAAGCAGGCUCGAGUUUUGGAUAUCCUGUGCGCAUUGACCCGUGUAGCUGAUGUUGAUGAUCUUUAUAAGAUUCUUGAUACGAUCGAGCCGUGGUUUAAAUCAAGAGAUGCUAAUGGAUUGCAAAAGAAGGCCUACAGAAUUUUAGAAGAGAUUAUCCAGAGAAGAUCAACACCGGAAGUCGAAAAACUCAUCGAGGAGCGAUAUGUGUAUAUUAGAAGUGCAGUGGUUCGGCCGAUUGAGCAAAUCACGUACCCAGCGCGAGCUGCAUAUUGUUCUUGCGUUCAUAUGCUUCUUGAUGGAUAUGAGGAUUUGAAGUCACUGACAGCAUUCGUUGAGACGGUCGUCAAGAAUAUCAUCAUACUCCUUGACAAAGAUCAUAAUGUGCAUACCAGACAGAACGCAAGCAAAUGCAUUCAAUUCAUUUGCAGCAGACUCAUUGAUCUCGCUGAUGAUCAAUCGGAAAUAACGCCAUCGAUGGUUUUGGAGACCGUCCUGUCGAAGAUUUUCGAAAUGACCACGCUGACUUCUACUCAGCAGAGCACUGCUAAUAUUCAGUUGCAUAUCGCACGCGCAAGCUUGGUCUCAUUGAAUAUUAUUGCUCAGAAGCAGAUUAAGGUUCUCAAUACGGUUUCGACAUCGAAAAUCCUCACAUUUGCGUGCAGUUGGAUUGCAGAUGGUCGUGCGCCUGUGCGAAUUUUAGCGAUUCGAUUGCUUCGUGUCCUUUGUCAAAAAAUGCCCGAAGUUAUUCUACAGCAGUUCAGAGAUCAAAUUCUAACCGCUGUAUUCGAAGAACAGAUGACUUCUGAUUUGACAAUUAAGGUCAGAAAAGCCAAUCGACUUCUUCUUGAAGUUCUCGUUGAGAAGUUUGGUGUCAAUGUCCUCGAAAAAUACACAACAAAAUUAGAUUGGAUCAAACAAAUGAAGAACAUUGAGAAGAUUAGAAGAAGGAAGUUGAGAAAGGCUUCUGGUGAGAAGAUGGAGCAAGAGGAUGAUGAUGAUGCGACGAGUGGAAUCAGCGGAUCGCACUUCUCUGGGAAGACUGCAGGCGCUGAUACAAUUCUUGAACUUUUGGAGGAUAGUGAUGCAGACAAUGAAAGCGAUUCGGAAGAGCAAUUGAUGAAGAGAAGCCGUGUUGGAAGCGUAUGGCUCAAAAAUGAUGGAGAUGGCGAUGCUCCAAUGGAUCUUUUGGAUAGCUCGAGAAUGAUUGAUCAUAUUACUACCACCAAUCCGGCAGUUCUAGAGAAGCGAAAGAAAUCUGCACUGGAACGACGAGAAAAACUGCAAGCUGGAUUCAAGUUUACUAGAGAUGGCCGGUUGGUGAUUGUCGAUGAUGAUAAUGAUGAUGAGAAGAAGAAAGCUGGAAAGAAAAGAACGAUGAGGAAUGGUCUUGAUGAGCUUGAUGAAGAAGAAGGGCCCAGUCAUGGGGGAAAACGAAAGAAGGAAGAUAGUGACACUGAAAUGAACUUUGAAUCUGAAGACGAGGAUAAUGAUGACGAUGAUAAAAAGACGAGUGUGAGUCGGGCCACGUCAUACGGUGGAAAGGGAAUUUACAGAGAUACUACUUCCCAAGUUGGUGCAUCAUCGAAAAAAUCAAAGAAAUUGACGAAGAAGCCGGAAAAGAACGUGCAGAAGAAUGUGCAACCCUACGCGUAUGUCCCACUGCGCAACAAAACAGCGAAACAGGAUGUUCGGCAAAUUCUGAAGGCGAAAAGAAAGAGCGGAAAAGGCACCAAGAAAGUCACGUUCUAA